CUGCAGAAAGUGGGGUAAACAACAAAAACAGCUGAUUGGAGCGUUUUUAAAAGCAUCGUUGUUUAAAAAUGAGUCAACCGAACAUCAAAACGGAACCCGAGGACGACCUGGAGCAGGCCAUUCCGCGCAGCGUGGUGCAAACCCGCAGUGCCCCCAAUCUGGCCACCGCAGUCGACAUCGUCGAUCUGACCAAGGACGAGUUCUUUUGCGAGUUUCAGCACUUUCUCGGAAACGUCCAGGAUCUGCGCCAGCGGCAGCAGAAAGCUGGCGCCCAACAGCGACGCCGGUUCCAGCCGGGUCAGAUAUCGGACGUGAUGGCGGUGCAGGUGGCCCACCUUCAGCUGGUCAGCUUUUACCAGGAAGCUUACGUUUGCUCGCUGUUUGGCGUCAACUUUAAGAACGUGAUGGUCUACGGGCGCGUUUCUCCGGGGCCGGUUCGGCAGGAAAACAACACGCACAUUUAUAGGCUGGACGACGGCACGGGGACUGUGGAGGUGCACUACCCGCACGGAUUGCAGCGGGAUUUGGAUAAUCUACUAGCAGUUCGCUGCUGCGAGGACACUCUUCAGUCAGGCGGAACGCCACUCAACGAGGACCAGGUUCCAAAGGACCCAAAGGCGCGCGCCGAUCUGCAGCUACUGAUCGAUAUGGUCAAGUCACGCUGCCAGCAACGGUUGCGAUACUUUCGCCUCGGAGAUCACUGCUUCGCUGUGGGACGACCCUUCCAGAAUCGGGCGGACCGGGUUUCGCUGUACGCGCACAGUAUGCACGCGGACCGCGGUCCCGCGACGGAGCUAUUUUGGAAGACGCACGUGGCGCGGUUGUACGAGGAAAAGUACGCGAAGGCUAUUUUGGGGUGAGUUUUAAGGUGUUUCGAAGAAUUUAAGAGAUAUUAACUUGUUAUAGAUAAGACUGAAUGUGCUCAUUUAUUGUGUUUUAUAUUAUGCUCGUUGAAGGAUUGUAAAAUUGAGUGUUCUAAGCUUUAAUCCAAUCUACACGAACGUGUGCCACUCUCAACUAAAAAAAAUUGGUUACGAAUAAACUGUUCGACAAACUG